AUGGUGGGGGUGUAUGCUGUUGCGAGGAAUGUGUGGGCCACAAAAGGAGAAGAGCAAGAAGCGGCCAAGAAGGAAUUCAUAGAAAUCCUUAAGGUGCUGGAGGGAGAGCUUGGUGACAAGCCUUAUUUUGGGGGUGAAACCUUUGGAUUGACAGACAUAUCUCUUAUUGGAUAUUACUGCUGGUUUUACGCGUACGAGAAGUUUGGAAAUUUCAGCAUAGAGUCUGAGUGCCCCAAGUUGAUUGCAUGGGUCAAAUGGUGCAUGGAGAAGGAGAGUGUGUCCAAGUCUCUUACUGAUCCUCACACGGUCUAUGACUUCGUUCUGGGGAUGAAAAAGAGACUUGGACUAGAGUAA